UCCCUCUGAGGCCGAGUCUGCGUGGCCACAUUCACAUCGUCAGUGUGUUUGUGGGAGUGCGAGAAGGUGGACGCCUGGCAGCGCGGUCUCACCAACCCUGGCUCAGUUGCCUCUUUCCCUAAUCUCUGGGCGCGACACAUGUGGCCGAGUUCGAAGGUGUGGAGAAGACUGUGACAACAUGGUGGCAGCUGUGCGUGCUGCCAACACACGGCUCGCGGCGCCGCCAAAGUGGUGAGCUUCGUCCUCCGCCCGUCGAUGGUCGCAGUGAGGGUCCUUGUGGCGCGGCAGUGGUGUGGGCGUGAGACGAUGAUGGGCGGGGCGGUGCGUGUGCCCCUGUCCUCACGCACGUUCGUGGGCUGUACGGUGGCGGCGGCGGCCUUCCUGCUGCUCACACUCCGCCUAUUUGCAGGUGCCAAGCCGCCCCCGAGCCUCCCCGCCGUCGUGGCCGACUACGGCGACCACUUCGCCAUCGACGCCGUGAUGGGCGCGGAGGUCGGGCUGGGCGAGGUGGGCUGGCGGGCGGCGGCGUGCCUCCCGCAGCUGGGGACGCCGCCCUUCCCCGUCAGGCUGCCCAAGUUCGCUCCAUCGGCGGCCUCCAAGAACGUCUUCUUCCUCGAGACGACCUGCUCCACGGCCGUCAACGCCAAGAUGGCGUGUGCGGUGGAGAGCGUGGCGGUGCACCACCACGACCACCAGGUCCACUUGGCCCUCACCUCCACCCACGUGGGUGGGACGGACUCCAUCAUCCAGGCCCUCGCCGCGUACCACAACAUCCGCAUCUCCACCCUCGACGUCGACGACGUGCUGGGCAGCAGCGGCCGCCUCGGGAAGUGGCUGCGGGAGAUGGAGUGGGCGCGAGGCACAGAUUGGGCGGCCAUUAAUCUGUCGGACGCGCUGAGGCUGGGCGUCGUGUGCUCGGUGGGCGGGACCUACCUGGACCUCGACAUGUGGACGGUGGCGCCUCUGCCGCCCAGCGACGUCUGGAUCGGCCGCGAGCGCUGGGACCAGCUCUCCAAUGGCGCCUUCCGGAUUCCGAAGGACCACUGGUUGUGCAAGGAAGCGACGACAGAGCUCACAGAAAACUUCAAGGGCAACGUGUGGGGUCACAACGGUCCCGGGGUCUUCCAGAGGGUCGUCAAGAACAACUGCAAAGUCGACAACCUGACAGAUUUUCACCAAUGCAAAGACCUUGUUAUUCUAGCCCCCGCCACCUUCUACCCUCUCCACUGGAAGCGCUGGGAAGAGCUGUUCGUCUCCGGCGGAAGCACCACUUGGACGUGGCCCCACGACACCGUCGGCAUCCACCUGUGGAACAAGUUCAGCCGAGGGGCCCCCCUGCACCCGGGAGACGGCUCGGUCGUGGACAGGACCUCCAAGAGGAACUGCCCGAAGGUGUAUGCGACUGUGAGGCAGAUCCGGAAACUCAAGGACCACUUGCAGAAGAAGAAGGCGAAGAACGGCGCCGCGAAGCGAGGGCAGGGCGUGUGAGCGCGGGCGGCGGCUGAGUCGAGGUGCUUUUGUGUUGAUAACACGGACUUUCCAGCAGAGUACGACAAAGAACUUAUUGACAUUUAAAAAGAAAAAAGAAAGAAAACUAAUUCGAAUAAUCUCCGGUUGGAAAGUUUUAUUCUCCACAGAAAUGAUCAUCAUAAGACACUGCGGAUUGGCAAUCAAAGUCUGGUUGGGUUUAUCCUUUAAUCGUUAUUCUCUUGUGCAGCGAACUUGCGACGCAAGUCAAACUAAAUGAUGGAUUUUUAUAUUUCUCGCUCACUAGCGGGCUAGUGGCGGAAGUUCCCAUAUUGUUAAUAAUUGGUUCCAUAUCAUGUCAAAAGUGAAGGCCAGUCUUAAUGAAAAAGGAAUCAGAUAUAUCUAUUUUGAUUGAUACUACGUAAAGAGGGAUAUUUUAAGAAAACAAACUUUAGUCCCAAGGUUUCCCAUAAGCAUCAUGACGAACUGCAACCGGUGUUUCUAUUUGUUCGUUGGAAAACGAACUUACAGUCAUGGAAAUCGUCUCAAAAAUGAUACCAUAACCUCAAGUAUUCUCUCAGUGACAAUCUACCAUGCACAUCUUAUUGUUCAUAUAAUAAUCACUGACAUUUACACUGACAAGUGUCAAGAAACUGUUUAUAAAGUAAGAUAUUUUAUAUUUCUUGUGGUAUUAUUUAUUUUCAAGAUUUGUGCUGUGAGUGAAAGUGAACAGAAAUAUGACGAUUUAUUAUCAUACUUUAAGUAUAUAUGACAAGACCGUUGUUAUGAGAAUUGUACAGUGGAUGUUUAAACUGAAACCUCAUUUCGAGGCUAUGAUUCAGUGUUUGGAGUUAAACUAAUUCGAAUAUGUAACAAAGUGCGAAUAUCGUAUAAACCGCUCGUUCGAGUGAUCUGUGAACCGGAGCCAAAAAUGAAUGAAACGGCAUUCAACUUUAUACUUGAAACGCAUUUAUGUUGUCUUUUCUUUCUUCCUAUCUCUUUGAAGUACCAGGUCGCAGCCUCCACGUUCUCGUAUCAAUAGGGGUCUUCGUAAACGCUGUCGCAUGGAAGAAAUAAUGAAUUACUCCAUUUGCAAGUGCAGGAAUUUGGCAUUAAAAACAACAGAUCAGUAUUAAUGUUGUAUUUAUCAUUUCUGGACUGUCAUUAUUCGCGUUUUCGGAAAGCUACAUAAUAUAUAUAUGUAUAUAUAUAUAUAUAUAUAUAUAUAUAUAUAUAUAUAUAUACAUAUACAUAAACUAUAUGUUUAAUUCCUCAUUUCUAGAAAAAUAAAUAAAUAAAUAAAUUAAUUAAUCACAUGUCGAACUUAGGAAAGACAAAAAUGUUCUUAAUUUUCAUUGAAAUACUUUUCAUGUUAUAUAUAUAUAUAUAUAUAUAUAUAUAUAUAUAUAUAUAUAUAUAUAUAUAUAUAUAUAUAUAUAUAUAUAUAUAUAUAUAAGCUGUAUAUAUAAUUCUUCAUUACUAGAUAUUUUUUAAUCACACGUGGGACUGAGAAAAGACAGAACUGUUCUCAAUUUUCAAUUAAAUAUUUAUCAUGUGAUUUUGAUUCUCAGCCUGAACAAACCUCAAGUAUGUUGUUGUUCGAAACUCAAAGCACUUUUUGAUCAAAUAUUAGUUGUGUAAAGUGAUAGCAAAAAAGUAUAAAGAUGGUCACACUUGCCAUUAUUGUUAUUAUUAUCAAUAUCAUUUUGUUAUCAUUAUUUUCGUUUUAUUUUCAUUACUAUUUUCGUCUUCAUUAUUAUUUUCACUAUUAUUACUGCAAUUAUCAUUGUUAUUGUUACUAAUAUUAUCAUUAUUAUAUUUGUCAACAUUGUCAUUGGUAAUUCAUUAUUAUUAUUAUCAUUAUCACCAUUAUCAUAAUUAUCAAUGGUAUUUUGUAAUUAUCGUAUCUAUUUCUGAUGUCAGUAUUAUUACUACCAUCUUAGUGAUUAUCCCAGUUCUCCUAAUUGUAUCAGAAAUCGAAUGUAAUGCAUAUUUACACUUGACUUUGCCUUUUAAGAAAUCAAGGAAAUGGUUGUCCUGUUUUGUCUUGUAUUUGUUAUAAUGUAUUCACUCAUGUACCCUAACAUUUUCUUUGAAUAUAUAAUGUAGAAAAAAAGAAAACAAUAGAAAAUGAUUCUAAAAUAUAUUAAUUACUAUCACAGUUAAAUCUUAGGACAAAUGUACCAUGUUACUAAUGUUAUCUUGUUACAGAAAUGUUUUCCGUUACCAACUGUUGAGAAAUCUAUGACUGUGGACAUGAAUAAUUUCACUCGCUAAGAUUAAUCAAAGAAUCGGAUUGAAAACCGUAUUAAAAUCGAGAUUGAAUUAUUAUACCUAUGAAAUUAUA